GUGGUGAAAGGGAGGAACAUUGAGAAGGUGGUGAGCUUCUUUCCUUGGGUUGCCAUAAUCUCUAUCAUUAACCAAUCUCUCUCUCUCUCUCUGCAUUGGUAUAAGUAUAAGAAGACCACUCUCUCUCAAUCCAAAACUACUCUCUUUCGAUCUCUCUCUUUGUAAACGUAUGCAUAUAUUCUUCAUUUAUUUCGUAGCUGUUCAUUUUUAAUCUCGCCUUAUCCUCGUUGGGAUCGUCACUCCAAACUCACGCCAUGGCAAGUUCUACCGUCGGAUCAACCGGCGACGCUCUCUCCAAGCUCCAGAUCGAUGAUUUGGCCUCCGCCGCUCCCAAUCUCCGCAAAAAUCUCGCCCUCCUCUCUCCUCAACAGGUGGAGUUGGCGAAGAUGCUGCUGGAGAUGAAUCAGAGCCAUCUGUUCCAGCAUUGGCCCGAGCCGGGUGUUGAGGACGAUGAGAAGCGUGCAUUUUUCGAUCAGGUUGCUCGACUUCAUGCAAGUUAUCCUGGGGGCCUAGCGUCAUACAUCAAGACUGCUCGGGAACUUUUGGCAGAUUCGAAAGCUGGGAAGAACCCAUAUGAGGGAUUUACUCCUUCGGUUCCAUCUGGAGAGACUUUGACUUUUGCUGACGACAACUUUAUUCGAUAUGAAGAAGCGGGUGUCCGCGAGGCAAGAAAGGCUGCAUUUGUCCUUGUUGCUGGGGGCCUUGGAGAGCGUCUUGGCUACAAUGGUAUAAAGGUGGCUCUGCCUCUAGAGUCUACUACUGGAACAUGUUUCUUACAACAUUACAUUGAAUCUAUUCUUGCCUUACAAGAGACCAGCUGUAGGCUAGCCCAAGGUGAAGGGCCAACAGAGAUUCCUUUGGCAAUAAUGACAUCAGAUGACACUCAUUCACGCACACUAGAGCUCUUGGAGAAAAAUGCUUAUUUUGGGAUGAAACCUUCACAAGUGAAAUUGCUAAAGCAGGAAAAAGUUGCUUGUUUAGAUGAUAAUGAUGCCAGGCUGGCUGUGGAUCCAAAUAAUAAGUAUAGAAUCCAGACAAAACCUCAUGGUCAUGGUGACGUUCAUUCACUUCUUUAUUCAAGUGGCCUCCUUAAGGAAUGGCUUGGUGCUGGUAGGAAAUGGGUUUUAUUUUUCCAAGAUACUAAUGGUCUUCUAUUCAAGGCAAUCCCAGCUUCACUGGGUGUCAGUGCCACCAAUGGGUACCAUGUUAACUCUCUUGCAGUUCCUCGGAAAGCUAAGGAAGCUAUUGGAGGGAUUACGAAGCUCAGUCACAAAGAUGGGAGGACAAUGGUGAUCAAUGUGGAAUACAAUCAACUUGAUCCUUUGUUGAGAGCUACUGGGUAUCCAGACGGUGAUGUCAACUGUGAAACAGGCUAUUCCCCUUUCCCUGGAAACAUUAACCAAUUGAUUCUUGAAAUUGGCCCUUAUUUGGAGGAGCUUUCAAAGACAGGAGGUGCCAUAAAGGAGUUUGUUAAUCCCAAAUACAAAGAUUCUACUAAAACAGCAUUCAAAUCAUCUACUCGGCUUGAAUGUAUGAUGCAGGAUUAUCCUAAAACUUUGCCACCUUCAGCGAGAGUUGGAUUUACUGUGAUGGAUCCUUGGUUGGCGUAUGCACCUGUGAAGAAUAAUCCUGAAGAUGCAGCUAAGGUACCUAAAGGUAAUCCUUACCACAGUGCUACUUCAGGAGAGAUGGCCAUAUAUCGGGCGAACAGCCUUAUUUUGAGAAAGGCUGGUGUUAAGGUAGAUGAUCCAGUUCAGGCCGUAUUCAACGGUCAAGAGGUUGAUGUAUGGCCUCGUAUUGUAUGGAAACCCAAAUGGGGGCUCACGUUUUCAGAAGUUAAAAGCAAAGUCAGUGGAAAUUGCUCUAUUACAGGAAAAUCAACCAUUGCCCUUAAGGGCCGAAGCAUCUAUCUCGAGGAUCUCGCCUUGGAUGGAGCUCUUAUUAUAGAUGCUGUCGACGGUGCAGAGGUUAAAGUGGGAGGUUCUGUGCAGAACGCAGGAUGGAUCAUCGAAAGUGUUGAUUUUAAAGAUACUUCAGUGCCUGAAGAAGUGAGGAUCCGGGGUUUCAGAAUAAACAAAGUCGAGCAAUUAGAAAGAGCAUUCAAAGAGCCUGGAAAAUACUCAUUGAAGCCUUGAUUCUGAGUCAACAGCUCUUCCCCAAAAGAUUUCAUAUUUCCAUCCGGAUUUUGUAAGUUGAAAAAUGUUGAACCUGAUGACACCAUAAAAUAAAAUCCUAAUUGUUUUGGAUAAUUCAUCCAAAGGGUUGUAACUCAUUUGGGUGCAGAAAGUAGUACCGGAUACAUACUAUAUUCUUAUGAAUUGAAGUGUUAAUUUGUCUUGCUCGUAGCUCUAUCAUGUACCAGUUCUAGUGGUUGGUUGAUAUGAAAUUAUUUUCAUUGA